UUGCUUAAGUUGUCUUCGGUUUCCAGUUUUACCGGAACUGCUUGACCAAUGUCACAGACUCCAACCCGGACAAUAGCCUUCCAGCUCUGUGUAGCGUCCAGAGUUUCUUCACCACUGCCUCCAACUUGGCUUCCUUCCUGUGGACGUUCGUCAUCGCCUUUCAUCUUUGGGCGACGGUCAUUCUAAAAAUAACUCUGACGUCACGUAGAAUCGCUCAUGUGAUCUACCAUGUGGUUUGCUGGGGCAUUCCAAUUGCGAUUGUGUGCUCGGUAGUCUCUAACCUAGGAGAGGACUAUUGUUACGGAACGGGCGUCUGGUGCGGCCUCAAGAGUGACGGAGAUACGCAUAAGCUCAAGCAGCUCAUGUAUCGCGCAGACGUCGGCUGGCAGCUCACCUCCUACGUCACUUCCUGUUUCUUCUACCUGCACAUCAUUUUCUUCCUGUUCCUACAUAAACGUUCCCUGCAAGACGCAUCCAACAGCCAGUUACGCAAGGAAGACAGGAACUACCUCCUUGUCUGGUUCGUGUUGUACGCCUUGAAACUGUGGGGAGUCAUUCGCUUUUACCUGACAUUGUACUUGGAUCCCACGACAUUAAAUAAAAACACAACUCAGAAAUUUAUGGGAAUCCUGCUGAUCCUUCAGAGUUAUGGUGCUAGCGGACAGGCGUUUUGGAACUGUGUCCUGUUUUGUUUUUGUGACGAAACUGUGCGCCGAAAAAUGUGGCGAUGCAGGGCAGUCCCCGUUGAAGCGAACGCAGCAAUAGCUAAUGAAAAUACGCCUUUACUGGUUGACACAGAAGGCCAAAUCGAGCAGGCGUCAGCUACCAACGAACAAACGCAGGCGUCAGCUACCAACGAACAAACGUUGAUGAACGCAGGAAACGAAACCAAACAGAAAGGGUCAAUAAACUCACAAAAUGGAUUUUAACUUACUUAAAAUAAUUUGACAGGUUCGUUUUACUGUGCAAUUUUUUCUCUACAGUAUAAUGAUAUUCAAUCAAGAAAUAUACACAAAUGUCAUCACUCAAGAUAUUCUGAAACAAACUGAUCGAUUCACUGCGAUGCUGCGUCGGCUGUCUCCAAUGUUAAGUUGUCUCCCUUAUAUAACAACUGGUUCUGUUUGUUAAAGGGAAUGCUGUCAGAAUGUCGAUGCUUCGGUUGAGUUUAUGAGUAUUUGCAUCAAUGAAUGGCAUUUAUGUGUCAACCUCAAGCACAGUCUUGACAGCAUAUUUAAUGGAGCUUCAAUUAAUGUUUUUUGAUAUCAUUCUCAUUAGGUUAUUGCGAAUUAAAAAUACGGUAUUUUAGUUUCAAAAUCACAACCUAUGCCCUUGCAUUCUAUUCAACAUAAACGUUGCAUCAAAUGAUAUUGGAGUGAUCGACCGCCUUGAGACAAUCACAUAUACAUAUAUAUAUAUAUAUA